AUGGCGAGAGCUGGCUACAAUCUCCAGCUUCAGUCUGACUGUGAUGCAAUUUCAGAGAAUCAAGCUGCAGAGGUUUAUAGCAGUCUGUCAGGGAAAGGUUGUGUUUAUGAGAGUCACUAUUCCAUAGAUGAGACUAAGAUCACUGAGAGAGAGAGAGAGAGAGCGCCAGCAGCAGCAGAGCAUCAGUCUGUGUCUGAGUCCCAAAUGAACAGAGACAAGUUUAAUGUGUAUGUCACGUUGAAGGUCCAGAAUGUUAAAAGCACAACCAUCACGGUACGAGGAGACCAGCCCUGCUGGGAACAGGACUUUAUGUUUGAGAUCAGUCGUCUGGACCUGGGUCUGGUUGUGGAGGUGUGGAAUAAAGGACUCAUCUGGGACACCUUGAUAGGAACAGCAUGGAUCCCACUUAACACCAUCCGCCAAUCAGAUGAGGAGGGGCCUGGAGAAUGGACCUCACUGGAUUCUGAGGUUCUGAUGAAGGAAGAUGAGAUAUAUGGCACUAAAAACCCCACUCCUCACCAAGUGCUGUUGGACACACGCUUUGAGCUCCCUUUUGAUAUCCCCGACGACGAGGCCCAAUACUGGACUAAAAAGCUGGAGCGCAUCAACUCUAUGAGGAUACAUGAUGAGUAUUCACUGCAAGAUGAAGCACAGAGAAGACAGCUGCCCCCCGUGCCCUCCCAGUGCUGCAAUUGGACAUACUUUGGAUGGAAUGAUCAGCAGAAUUUUGACCAUGACCAUGACAGCGCUGUGGAUGACAGGGACAGUGAUUACCGCAGUGAGACAAACAGCAGGCCUCCACGAUACCACACCACAGCUCAACCCAAUUCCUCAGUACAUCAGUACCCUAUUGGCCGAAGAUUACAGAAUCAGGCAUUGUCAAAAGAGUCUAGGACAGACUCUAUCCAGAGCUAUGACUUGGAUGAUAGAGAAGGAAAGGAACAAAGAUUUUCAAGUGGUACAGAUGAUGUCAGAAUGAUUCCAGUGGACUCCUGUAUGGGAGUUGAAGACUGGGAGACCAAAUACAAAAUUAAUGACAACAUACUGGAUGAUUACCUGGAACCAGAGCAGAAAACGUGGGAUGACGAUGAUGACACCAAGAGUGAAAUUUAUAGAAUCGUGAGCAGCCCGGGUGACUCCAAAGGGAGUCGAUUUUACCAGACAUUAGAGUGUGAUGCAAUGUCCCCAGAGGAGGCUGAGGAGUAUGACACAUUAGAAAAUCCCAUCAGGAGAGCAGCCGCAAGCAGCAGUGAGGUCCAUUUGGUCUGUAAGGAAGCUAGAAACUUCGAGGAUGAAAUUUCCCCUCCUGAGAUUUCCAUCAUUCCUUCAAUUAGGCAACUUCGCAGGACAAACCAAGCAUCGUAUACAGAGGGGCUGUUGUACAAAACCAGGAUGUGGGCCAAGAACUCAUUUGAAGACACCCUUGAGAACUACACAAUUUAUUGUGAGGAAGAGGAAGCCAGAAUGAGAGCAAGAAGUGAAUAUGGGUCUGCAGGAUCUGAUGAAAUGCAAUUCUCUCUUGGGUCUGAAGAGGAGCUAGAUGAUAUGGCGUUUGUAGAAGAGGAUGCACAGUACGAAUAUGACAGUUACUACAGUAAUGCAAGAAAUAUUUCCUCUUAUGAUGAAUGGUCACAAGGCUAUUAUGAACAACAGAGUAACAUGGGGAAUGAUUGCACAAGGGGCCCAGAUGAAAUAUUGUCACCUGUGCAGAAGCCAGAUAAGGAGUAUCAUGAUACAAUGGACGAACUUCAGAAUUUAGUUGACUCUGUGUCAGAAUAUCUGGCUGGAAGAGAGGAGGAAAUUAGUAAAUAUGAAUCAAUGCAAAAAUCUCUCACUAAAACAGAAACAGAGAGUGAAGAAAAGAAAACUGAGGGUAAACCAGCUGAGAUGAAAGAUGAAAAUGCUGUGGAACAAGGUAUUGCAGGUGUUAAAAAUGCCAUGAGCUCUUUGUUUAUCUCAAUCACAAAUACUAAAUCAGCAGCUGAAAAUACAGAAUCAACAGAAACUGCAACAAAAACUCCAUCUCCAGUUCCUCCCCAGUCAGAGUCUGGUAUUUCAAAACUGUUCUCUUUCAUACCUAAAUCAACUAGUAGUCCAACUCCUGUUGCUGUUGUACCACCUGCUAAUCAGGAAACUAAUGCAGACAAGAAGUUCUCUUUGCAGUCACUGUUGCCAUUUCAGUCCCCAGAGGUCAGUCGACCAGCUAGUGCCACAUCAGAGGCUGAUGCUACAAACAUUGCUGAUUCAAGUGGCUCUCAAACUCAGGACUCCACUCCAAGUCAGACACAAACAGUGGUUGAUUCAAUGCUAGGAAGAUUGAGCCCUUUCAGGCUUUUUGGAGACAAAUCUAGUGCUGAAACCGUUUCACAACCAAAUAUAACUCAGAGAAACACAGAGUCUAAAGAAGCAUCAAUGGACAAAUCCAAAAGUUUGUCUUUAGAGGGAUCUGGCACACAACCUGAGCACCAGUCCUCAUGUGGGGGAUCAGGAAGUGGCUCAGUAGAGCUCUUACCUGAAACAGAAUCAUCUGGCGAAUUACCUGAUUCCAUGCCCAGAGGGGCUACACCCAAGCUAGUAGAGAGUAAAACUGAAGCAAAGCCUGCCAGUCAAACACCUGGAGAAGACACCGGAUUCUUUAGCCCCUUUAAGAAGUCAUUGAACUCACUCAUAUCAAACAAUGCUCCUGACGAUAAGCCAGCUGAGGUCCCCUCAAUGUUUUCUAUAUUUAAGCCAGCCGAGGCUCCAAAAUCUGAGGAUGUGUCUGGUAAUUUUGGCAAUAAAUUAAAGCUCCCUUUCUUUUCCUCAGAUGCUCCAGUCAAUACUCAGGCAUCUAAACAAGAAGGUGGUAUGCUCUCUGGAUUUCUAAAACUGACAACAGGUGAGGAUCCCAAUACUUCUAGACCUGGAGGACUCCAGACUGGUGCUAAAUCACCACUGUCCAGUCGUUCCGCACUGCUUGAAAGUGUUUCCAAAGGAAAUGCAGAUACUGGCUGGUUCUCCAAUUUGUUCAAAGCAAGCUCAGCUGAACCACCAAAGCCACAGACUGGAACACCAGCCUCAUCAAAGCCAACAGCAACUACACAGAACAUUCCCACUGUUGUUCAUUAGACAAUACACUUGUUCAAACUUCAGUUGUUCCAUUUAUAUCAGUUCAAGAUGUACCCAUACCUGACCAUGGUU